AACGCUAUAGCCAUCUAGUGGUCAAUGAGUGAAAUUAAACCAAAAUAUAUCAAAUACACAUAAAUCGUAUUGAAAUAUUUCUAUUUUUAAUUAUAUCAAACUUUUUAUUAUGAUUUUUUUAAAGUAAUUAUCAUUAAAUUUUAAAUAUUGGAAUGUGCUUCUUACGGACUACGAAUUUGUUAUCAAAUUCACUCGUUAAACGCGUAUAAGACAAUAUGGUAUUACUGUUUCUAUUUAAAACGUGAUACAUAUAAAAACGUAAACCAUUGUUUUCAGAUAAUGACCUUUAAUCCCACUGUGAAAUUUUAGGUUUAUUGAUUAGGUAUAUCAAUAAAUGCCUGUUUUUAGUUUGAAGAAAAGCAUCAACUAAAGUGAAACCAAUAUUAUUAGUCAGAAGUAACCAUCCGGUUCAUCUCUUUAAAUAUGAAUUGUUUAACUGGAGAAAACGAUAGACUUAUUAAUAAUGAUAUGUUACUAUGUACUGCUCCAAAUCCUUCGUCUAUUCACGAGUACCGAACUGCUCGAUCAGGGACUGGUAUACUAGGCACAACUUUUUUAAUUGUUAAUGCUACCUUAGGAGCAGGUCUUUUAAAUUUUCCCCAAGCAUUUGAUAAAGCUGGCGGCAUAGCUACUUCUUUUAUCACGCAACUUGUACUUCUUGUUUUUAUUACUGCUGCUCUUGUGAUUUUAGCAAAAUGUAGUGAUAUUACGAAUAGUUCUACUAUGCAGAACAUGUUCGCAGAAUUUUAUGGCCAUAGAUCACUUUUUUUAUGUGCUUUGUGUAUUACAAUAUACAGUUUUGGUUGUUGUUUGACAUUUAUAAUCAUCGUUGGAGACCAAUUUGAUAGAGUUUUAGUGACAUAUUAUGGGAUUCAUUAUUGUCACACUUGGUAUUUAUCGAGACCAUUUCUUACAGCUAUAGCGUGCAGUGUAUUUAUACUGCCUUUAUGCUUUUUUAAGAAAUUGGAUGUUUUAAGUUAUGCUAGUUCUGUCGGUUGCAUAACUAUCUUAUAUGUGAUAUGUUUAAUUGUGUAUAAAAGCAUCACAAUAACCAUACCUAAUACAAAUCCUAUAAAGAUAUGGUCAGAUAAUCCAUAUGAAGCACUCCAAAUAAUUCCAAUAAUAUGCUUUGCGUACCAGAGUCACAUGACAGCAAUACCAAUGUAUGCUUGUAUGAAAGAUCGAAGUCUCGGAAAGUUUACGGUAAGCGCUGUAACAAGUAUGAUUAUUUGUUUCGUUGCUUAUACAGUGGUUGGCAUCUUUGGAUAUGCAACAUUUGGUGCUGGAAAAGUACCUAGCGAUAUACUACAAGGAUACACAGACAAAAGCCUCAGUUUAACUUUGGCAAUAAUAUUUAUAGCAAUUAAAAAUUUUACUACAUAUCCCAUUGUUCUGUAUUGCGGUCGCGAUGCUCUUUUAAAUCUUUUAAGAAUGGAUAUCGAUGUAACUGUUAAAACUCGGGUUUUUAUUACAUUAAUUUGGUAUAUAUUAUCUUUAAUAAUUGCAAUAUUGGUACCAGAUAUUUCACCCGUUAUUAAUUUACUAGGAGUGUUGUCGGCAGCUUUCAUUUUUAUUUUCCCAGGCAUUUGCUUGUUCCAAAGUACUCUUUUAAAAGAUUCAGAAUUGCAUCUAAAUAAAGACCGGCUUUUAAUUAUUUUCGCAAUUUUUCUUACCGGACUUGGCGCGUUUGUAUCUGGUGUUGUUUUGGUAGAAUCUAUUGAAGACUUAAAUCAGAAACCAGAAGAACCACCACUAGUAACUGGUUUUAGACAACUUAGACAAAGUUUAUGCCUUUAAUAAUUAUAAAAUAAUUUUUUGAGUACUAUUAUCUUGUUGCUUGCUCAAUGUGUUACAAGACUUAAAAGACUUUUAUAUUUUGGCAACUACAUUGACUGAUUAUAACAUAAGGUAAUUUUAAUUAGAAUAUUAAAGUAAAAAAAACUGAGGGAGAACGAUAUAUACACAUAGUGUUUAAUACAAUACUCACUACAUGAUCUUGUAGGAAAUUUUUAGAAACUUAAAUUUAAUUGUUUAUUUUUAUAUUGUAUACUUUGGAACGGAGAAUAACAUUAAAUAAAUAAAGUUUUGCGUAAUAUUUUA